GAGCACUGCUCUUCGGAUGGGCGUUCGGGUUCGGGCUGGGAAUCGACUCCACUUGGUGCGCUGGCACGGUCUCUCUGGCCGUAAACCCAUUAUCACUAUAUUGGUUGUACGAUUUGCGGAUCCGUCGCCAGUUGCCCGACUGUAAAAUCUGAUUUCUGUAGACGUGUCGUCGCUUCGCCACAACCGAUUCGAUACGGCUGGGGAAACUGACUUGGGAACGAGAUAAGAACUCUGGUCUGGAAAGGCACAGAGAGAAAAACAGACACAUGCUGAUCAUUUCGAAGAUCUAUCAUCACACCACCCAGGACUGAAUGGAAAUGUCGAAAUAUUCAAAGCGAUUGUCUUGAACUGGGGGGAUAUGAAAAGAUAUCCUUUUGAUAUCAUCAACAUAAAGCGACUUGAAAUUGAGGUAUCUAUGUUACCCUGGGAGCAUUAAGUUGGUUUUUUUCCAGUGCAGUGGGGUAGCAAAGGGUUUCUGGGUAGGACAAACGUGGCACUCUGCUAGUGUAAGGUGAAAAGGUAGCCGAAACCAAACUGAUAAUUGUGCAACGUACACAAACCUUGCUCGCAUUGCUCCACUUGCUCGCGGGUUAUCAGUUGGAGUGACAAGCGGAAAUUAAAGUUGAAAUCGACACGAUUAUUUCAUUAGUUCUGUUUAGUUUGCGAAGGGCCGAAGAAGUGGGCGUAUGCCCGGGGGGUGGAAGUGGGCGUGGGUGGUAUCCGAAAGGUCGGGCAGGAGUUGGCAAGGUCACCCGGAUGUUUAUAUUCGGCAGUCUAGUUGCCGAUUGACGGAUUGAUUGUCAGUGGCCAUAACUAACCAAUUAGCGAUUGCCAUUCGUAGCAGGCAAAGCCAGGCACAUCCUUGGCUGGUUGGAUCGGGAGAUGGUGGGUUGCCAGGUGGCUUGGGUGCCUUUGGUGCUCCAAGGUGAAACGCAAUCAGAAAUAAGUGCGCCCAGCCAAGUCGAGUUAAGCUGGAGACUUGGACCCAAUUCCAUCAGGUGCAAGCGACAGAAACAGCGAAGACAAACAGAGGCCACGUUUUUGGUAGGAGGAGUACAGUAAAGCCUCCAAAAAGAGGUCAGUUUCGCAAAAAACCGUCUUAAUCCUGGAUAUUGUUCAAAAGGGGAAAUAAGGCUAAUAAAACACAAAACUUCAGGCUUGGAUAGAUAGACUGGUCAGCUUUAAGGAGCUUCCACUGUUGGAGGGCACGAGUGGAGCCCUGGGAAGAUGUCAUUGGUUUGGACGUGGACGAAAGCGAAAGGUGUAGACGCAGACAGAGACGGAGACAGAACUUCAGCGAAUAUGCCAAGACACGCAACAACAAUGGAACCGUCAAAAGGGAGAGGCCAAGAUGGAGAACACGGCGAGAAGACAUUCUAAUAGUACAAUGCCUCGGGUCGACAGGGCGUAUUCAAAUGUAGCAGCAUGAUAUUCAUAAAAAGGAUAUGAGCAACCAUCAAAGAGUCCUUAUCAAGUAAAACUCCUCCAACUUGCAAUUCUAGAUCACAAACCCAUAAUAUGCUUUGUAUUUUUAUAACCAGUAGCUUGCGAGGUUAUAUGCGCAAUAAAUUUUAUGAUCGGAAAUUUGUAUGCGAUAAGUACUGUUUCGAGUUAGGAUCAUAAAUGUUUUAUCUUCGAAAAAAGUAUUUGAUUUUGCUUAUGGUACAAGUGCUACGAUGAUGAUCAAAUACUUAAAGUUUAAGCAAAAAUAGGGAUAACAACUAAUUGCAGCCUAGUUUUUCUCGCAGUGCCACUGGUAACUAGCAACAAAUGGGCAGUCGGCAGUUGGGGGCGUGACAGCAACCGUGAAAAGAACUCGAGGAUGACAGUUAUGGGUUACAAAGGCAAGGAUUGAAUCAAAUAAAUAAACGCGCAAGGUUCUCGUCAUGGAGCGCGGCUCACUGGGUCGGAUACAGGGGGCGGGGAUUUAUAUGGGAUUCGAUUGAACGGGUUGAGCUAUGCGCGGGGGCAGGGAUUCGGGUAUGGGCAUGGGCCUGGGGGUAACCUUACCACGUCGACGUCCACGUCCAUGUCAAGUUUGCAUGCGGCUGCAGGUAAUUCCCCAUUUCACCCGCCUUUACAUAAUCACAACAAAUGAACGAGGAAAGGCGACGGAUGGCGAAUCUAUUAGCAUAAGGGCGCAUAAAACGGCGCCGUAGCCGGAUCCGGCUGGAUUCCAUCGAGGAUUCGCACUCGUCGACUCAGUUGCAGUGGAGCCGUGGAGCCGCGAUGAACGUCUGGAAAGCAAAGGUCCUAACGGAAGUCCCCUUCGGACACGUCCUCAUCGUCAGUGGGCGCGUCAAGCCUCAUCCGAAUAAAAUUUCGCUGGACCUCACGGAUAAUGUGAACGCGCUGAACGAGAGCGAAACGGUGUUCCUGAAGAUCGAGGCCAACUUCCGCGAGGGCCAGAUCAUCCGCAGCAUGUUCCAGCCGGGCGAGGGAUGGCAGCAGGAGGAGAUCUCCAAGAACUGGAAGUGCGACGGCCCCAAGAAUCCGCUGCAGCCGGGCCAGAGCUUCACCUUCCGGGUGGCGGUGCUGCAGCGAUGCUUCGAGAUCUACGUGAACGAUCAGCUGUACGGGUCUUUCGAGUUCGUGAAGUUCCCCAAGCAAAUCAACUACGUGCGGACCUACGGGGACUUCGAGAAGAUCACCCAGUUCCACCACCGCAUGCUCUUUCCGCUCGUCUUCCCCAGAACGCUCAUGUGUCCGGACAAGGUGGCCUUCCAGAGCGACGUGCCCAGGCGAUACGAAACCGGUACUGUGGUGGCCAUGGAGUGCAUCGCCAAGGGGCCACCGACCACGGAGUUCUCCAUCUGCUUCCAGUGCAACGACACCGGGAGGACGGUGCUCCGGUUCCACGUGAACUUCGAUCGGACAACGGUGUCACGCAGCUACCAGCGCGAGGACAACAGCUUUGCCUUAAGCGACGAGGAGACCGAGGGCGAAUUCCCAUUUGUGCGCGGAAAGCUCUUCAAGAUCGCCUUUGGCCUCGGCGAUCGGGCUUUUCUGAUCGCCGUCAACGGGCAGUACUUCACCUACUACAACUUCCCCGGACGCCCCUUCUCCAUAUCCACAUUGAAGUGUUUCACCAACGAAGUGGGCGACUUCGCCGUGAGGAGCAUGGAGUACCACUCGGAUUCCCCGCUUCUGUCCCGCGUGGAGAAGUUGUCCAUCAUUUAGUCGAAAGUGAUUCCUGUAGUCUUCUUUAAUCGAUUCGAUUUCUCGUAGUAUGCUCUUUGUUCAAUCGUUGGCUUUGAUCACCGUACAGCACCAGUUAACUUCUUCUUGUGAGCAUAUAAAUAAAGCAAAGCAGCUCUCCAAACUUACAAAGUAA